AUGAGUUCACAGUUGAACGGGAUGCGUCGUGCCGUUAUUUUGCUGGUGGUAUGCACAGGUUUCUUUUGCCUGGCUACCGAUAAUGAGGCAGAAACUAUGAACAAUGGUCUUGUGGUUCAAGGUCACCAGGACUCUGGAGCUGUGCAAUGCUUGACAUGCAAAUUUGUUGCCCACGUCGCACUGAACUGGAUUCAGAAACCGAGCACAAGAGAUACGCUUAGUCAGAAAAUUCAAAGGUCCUGCGAAGACUCACACAGUAAAUUGUGCUCCUUGAUUGCAAACCAAUCACUGGCGUAUGUGUUCAAUACAAUCAACAACAUAACUUCGGAACAAUUUUGUGUGCUGUACGAGUUUUGUCAAAACGUCGCGAAACCUGACUGUAACCGCUGUCAUUUACUCUCGGAUUCUUUUGGUUGUUACAACCUCCCUUGUUUCCACUCAUUGUCCACUAUAUGUUGCGCAACGCUGGCCGAAAUGAGGCGCAUAUUACUGGCGACCGAUGUCCAACAAGAACUAUUCAAGGAAAUGAUUGGAGCGUGUAAGAGGUAUUCAGCUGUCUACGCCGUGUGCAAAGUUGUUAUGAAAACGGUGUACAAUGAUGUGAUCAACCAAGUGAAGGAAUUUCAUCCUGAAGGGUUUUGUAAGCAAGCUGCUAUCUGUCCAGCUACAUUUUAAGCAAACGGUGGAUGAACAUAUGCGUGAAUAAACCAAGUUCUUACUUCCACGCACGCACAAUACUGAACUACAUACCAGUUUUUGUUCUUCUUCUCUCGCAUCACUGGCUUUUGUCGAUUGGGAAGAUACUAUUUAGCCAACUUUUAUUUCUCAGAACCCGUAUCUUUAAAACUUCAAACCAGCUGAGGAACGAAGAGUGUUCAUUUUUGAUUAGAUCCACAUGAUCUUUUUGUCCGGUGAUUGAUAUAUCCGAUGAACUGCAAAAUGACGCUAGUUAAUAUCAUAUCAUUCGUCUGCUUCAUUCACAUAUGCUCAUGCAUGUAAAUUUUUUCCUCCCGUGAUAUCGAGAUUUGAUCGAUGUUUGUUUUACCUAUGGGAGAGCUAGUAAGGAAUGGGUAAUAAAAUUUUCCAAAAAAUGCCUGAGGAAAUUCAGUCAC